UCUGCAAAUUAGUCCCUACCAUAUACAACUUCUACAUUCAAUUUCAACAAGAUUAGGAUUCUAGAGUUACUAUGAGGAGCAAUCUUUCAUACCCUUUUUGCCCUUUCCUUUGGAUUUCACUAACCUUGUUUCUCAAAUCAAAUGCAGGAAGCUUAGUGGUUUACUGGGGCCAAAAUUCAAGGGAAGGCAAAUUGACAGAAACAUGCAACACUGGACUCUUCCACAUUGUAAACAUAGCAUUCCUCUCAACUUUUGGCAAUGGUCAACAACCUCAAAUCAACCUAGCAGGCCAUUGUUCCCCUGAGUCAAAUGGGUGCCAAAGGGUAGGCAUAGGCAUCAAGAAAUGCCAAAGGAGAGGCAUCAAGGUCAUGCUUUCAAUUGGAGGUGAUAGUAACACUUACUCUUUGUCAUCACCAGAUGAUGCUAGACAUGUUGCUGAUUACAUCUGGAACAACUUUUUGGGAGGGAAUUCACAUUCUAGGCCUUUUGGAGAUGCUAUAUUAGAUGGGGUGGAUUUUGAUAUUGAAGGUGGUGAACUCCACUAUGCAGCACUAGCUCAAAAGCUACAUGACCAUUAUGCUGGUUCUAACAAAAAAUUUUACUUAACUGCUGCACCUCAAUGUCCAUUCCAAAAUAAUAUGCUUCAUGGGGCACUAACCACUGGUCUUUUUGAUCAUGUUUGGAUUCAAUUUUACAACAACCAUGACUGUGAAUUCACCUCAAAUGACCCUAAUGGCUUUAAGAAUUCAUGGCACCAGUGGACCACUUCAAUUAAAGCUAGCAAGUUCUUUGUUGGACUUCCAGCUUCACAUGGAGCAGCUACCAGUGGUUAUGUGCCAUCACAAGCUCUAAUAAAUCAAUUGCUACCUAUUGUUCGGUCACCUAAAUAUGGAGGUGUGAUGCUAUGGGAUAGGUACCAUGAUCUGCUGUCUAAAUAUAGUGGCAAAAUUAGUAGAAGCGUUUGAAACUUGGGACAAUGUUCUAAUUAGCUUCAGUGCUGAAUGAAAGUUCUAGGAACUACGGAGGGAGCAUAGACAUUCAAAAUAAUUGU